CCUGCUAUAGUCUGAGCUACAUAUCUGCGUUGACUCCCGGAAUUGGGCUUUUCCUCUACUACUCGAGAGCCAAGAAAGGGAGUGGUUCGUUAGCAGCCGUAGAGACUUGGCCACCCGCGAUUUGUGCAAAGGGCAACAAGCAAAGCAGCUGUGCUUCUAAUACGGGGUUGAUUGCGUGAACGAAAAUCUGCCAGGAGCUGGAGUGAAGAGAAAGGCACCUUUUGUGACCUGCCUACAUCAAUUCAAAAGAAGGUCCCAUCCUAUUUGUCUCAGAAUUGGCAAUGUUUGGAACAGUAGUGAUUGGAAUUGGAAUUGCUGGAUCUGUACGAAUCAGAGAUUUGUUAAAUCCUUUGCCUUCCAGUCCUGUUGAGCAUCUUAAAUUAUUGGGAUUUGUUUCUAGAAGAUCUCUAGGUGAUGUUUAUCAAGUCAAGCAAAUUAGUCUGCAAGAAGCUCUAGACAAUCCCGAGGUCCAUGCUGCCAUCAUCAGUACAGAUAACCAAAACCACAAUGAGAGUGUAAGGAAGUUCCUAGAGGCUGGCAAGCAUGUCCUUGUUGAGUAUCCUUUGGCGUUGUCUGCAAAAAUAGCUCAUGAACUUUGGGAGUUGGCAGAGCUGAAAGGCAAGAUCCUCCAUGUGGAACAUAUUGAACUACUAACAGAGGAAUACAAACAACUGAAGAAAGAGGUAUCAGGAAAGGAGCUUGUGAAGGGAACAUUACAUUUCACAGGGGGUCCAUUGGAUGAAAGAUAUUCAGGAUUUCCAUCGUUCAGUGGCAUUGCUCGCCUCACAUGGUUGGUGGAUCUUUUUGGAGAUCUAACUGUCACUUCUGCCACAAGAGAACAACAAGAAGAAAAAAACUACUUCAGAAUGACAGUACAUUUUCAGACUGCAAACAAAAGGCCUCUGACUUGGAUUGAAGAAAGGGCUCCAGGGAUGAAACGAGAUAAGAAGAUCAACUUCUGUUUCCAAAGUGGGUGUUUGGAAUGUCUCCCUGAGGCUCCACGUUCACCAGUUGGCCUUUUCAUGCAAGACCUGAUUAUCUUUGCCAAAAAACUUUUGGGGAAGAUCCCCAAAGAGGAACUGACAGCUGAGAAAAGGCGCAUUCUGCUGUGUCUCAGUCUUGCUGAGGAGAUUCAAAUGCACUGUGAGCGACCAUCAAAAUUCGACUCUUGAAAGUGUGUGAAACUACAGGAUUCACCAUUUUAAGCUGUUUCUUGCACUCCCUAUUUAAAAUGUUCUUCUUCUAAUGUGCCAGCUUCUCUAUUCUAUUAAGCAAUGUGUUUCUAAUAAAGCCAGGUUGAAUUUAAUCUGGCAACAGAGGGGGUAUAUAGGUACUGUCUUGCCUUACUGCAAAGCAACUUUCUAAUCAAAAACUAGUAAACAAACUGCCUGCAUGUCUUCUAGAAGUGCAAUAGCAAAAGAGUGUCAUUUUUUCACAAUAUUUAUUGUUGAAAAAAUAAUCUUUCUCAGCAACAAAAUAUUCCUCUGAAACACUUUAAAUUCUAUAUUUAAGCCUUUAUGUAUAUUACUCAAAUGUUUACACAGACAUUAAUUAGUGUGCUGAACAGCUUUAAGUUUAUUUUUGGCCCUUAAAUUGCUUUUUAACCUCAGUUUCACAAAACAUUGAAAAAAGUGCCCUUUCUUAUGUUCAUCUCUAAUGUUUAGCCCAAGAGUACAACUUAGCUUGUACAGGAUAGAAAACUGUACUGAAAGGAUAGUGAGUGAAGAAAAAUUUCUGGAUGGGAAGGUGCUUGCUGGUGUUGUUGUUAUUAUUAUUGUUAUUCUUUUUGAUUUGGCAACUCUUUAUAUAUCAUAUUGACCUGGUUUAAACAAAAUGUGUGAAUUAUGAAUUAGUCAAUAAACGUUAUUUUAAAAAUU